CCCCUCUCCUCGUCGUGGGGUUUUGUUUGUUCACACGAAGGUUUCCUGUUCCUUCCCCUCCCCGGCAUCCCACAUCCCCCUUCCGUCCGCGCGCGUCCGACGCGGGGCACUCGCCUACCUACCCACCCCGCUCCACCCCUACGCCUCCAGAAACCCGAGCGGCACCGCCCUCGCACUCGCCACUCGUAACGGCUCGGCGAAAACCCCAGGGACACGGUAGUAGGGAGAAGAAAAUUCCCCCCCAAGCCCGAGCAGGCCAGCACUCCAUCGCCCACUUCCGUUUCGUUUCCCCAAUUCAGCAUGGCGGCCGCGUGGUAGCAGGCGGCGGCGCUCCACCGGAUGGCGGCGGGAGGGAGGGGAGCUCCGGCACCGGCGCCGGCGCCGGAGGCGGUGCCCGCGGGCGGUGUGGCGGCGGCGGGGGCCGCGGCGGACGAGGUGGUGCGACGCGUGCGGCCCACGGAGGCCUCCGAGCGCCGCCGAGCGGAGGUCGUCGACUACGCGCGGAGGCUCGUCGGCUCCGCGCUCGGCUGCGAGGUUCUUGCAUUUGGAUCGGUUCCACUGAAGACUUAUCUUCCUGAUGGGGAUAUUGAUCUAACUGUCCUUGGAAAUACAUCUUAUGAUAGUACUUUGGUUAAUGAUGUUUCUUGCAUCCUUGAGUCAGAGGAACAGAACAGUGAUGCUGAAUUUGUAGUGAAGGACCUGGAACGAAUCAAUGCUGAGGUCAGGCUCAUUAAAUGCACUAUUGAAAAUAUUAUAGUUGAUAUCUCAUUCAACCAAACUGGCGGGAUCUGCGCACUCUGCUUCCUUGAGCUGGUCGAUCGUAAAGUUGGAAAAAACCAUCUAUUUAAAAGGAGCAUCAUAUUGAUCAAGGCAUGGUGCUAUUAUGAAAGUCGCCUACUAGGAGCACAUCAUGGACUAAUAUCUACAUAUGCACUGGAAGUGCUUAUCCUUUACAUAUUCAAUCUAUUCCACAAAUCUCUCAACAGCCCUCUGGAGGUUCUUUAUAGGUUUCUGGAAUAUUUUAGCAAAUUUGAUUGGGACAACUAUUGCAUAAGUUUAAAUGGGCCUGUUGCUUUGUCAUCUUUGCCAAACUUAAUUGUUGAAGCUACAUUUGCACAUACCGAUGACUUAUUGUUUGAUAAAGAGUUCAUCAAGAGCUCGGUGGAUAAAGCAAUUGUACCUCCAAGAAAUUCUGAUGCUUGCUAUACGAGAUUUCGUUCAAAACAUCUAAACAUAAUCGAUCCACUGAAGGAGUACAACAAUCUUGGCAGAAGUGUUAACAGAGGUCUGAACUGGCCAAGAUAUGUCUAUCUCGAAAAGUUAUCCUUUACAACUGGAGAUGCAGCUAGCUUUAAUCGUAUUCGAACAGCUUUCUUAUAUGGUGCUCGAAAGCUUGGUCAUAUCCUCAUGUUACCACCAGAAGUUAUUCCUGAUGAAAUUUACGUUUUUUUCAAAAACACGUUGGGAAGGAAUGGGAGAGGAGUAAGACCAGAUACUGACAGCAAUGGUGCAUUACGUGCUUCCUUUGGUACUGGUGAGGCUCUUUUGGAAGAUAUAUCAAGUAUGAAGAUCUCUUGCAAUGAGGAACAUGAGAACAUAACUUCUUAUCAUCUUUCAAAGAGCUUGUGUGAUGAGAACUUAUAUGUUGGAAUGAAUGGACCUACGCAUUUGAGUAGUUCUUUUCCAAGGGUCCACAACACUGCAUUAAGUACUGAUUUAAGUACAAGGUCAUCCAAUUUUGUCCAUCAUGCACCUAAACAAUAUUCAUCGUUUUACCAAGGCAAUGGUCGUGCUGGCAGUGGAAAGUGUUACUUGAACCAAGAAGUGGAGCAGGAAUGUAUACAGUCACAAGUUCCUUUGAAUAACCCAUCACCAUUGAACUCCUUUGCUGGUGUCAAUGCUUCGGAACUUGUGACUGAACAGAAAAUUAUUGAUGUCCCUGUGGAAAAACAACAUCUUCCUCCCUCACCGUUGAGCUUGCCAGAUCUGUCAGGGGAUUUGGAUUCUCAAUUUAGAUGCCUGCGUCAAGUUCAGUACCACCUCGAAUACUUGUUUGAUGGGUUUUUGCAGUCUGUUCAAGAUGCAUCUUCUGCUGAUACGUUUGAGAAGGACCCCUUUCACAUUCCUGCCUGUAGUAUCUUGUUAAACAGGGAUUCAGGAACGCCAAGGCUACUAUUGCCUUCAUCUUCUAAAAGCAAUGGAAGGAAUGUGUCUCCUGUUUCUUUUUCUCAGAGCACAGAAUAUGCUUUGCAGCAUUCACAAAAUCAGAACCCAUUGGAUAGGAUUUGCCAGGAGAAUGUCUCAUUGCCCUCCCAAACAAAUGUUCCAUCCAACGGACUCUCACCAUCUUCUUCUUAUGCCGCUUCAGAGGUUUCUUCUGUUUCGAGGUGUUAUAGCUUUGAGGAUAGCGCUGAGAUGCAUGGAAGUGGAACAGACAUGCACUUUCCAAGGAAGAGUUGUGAUACUCACAAGGAGCAAUUGGCAUCUUCAAGAGAGAAUGGGAAAAUACUGUCAAAUCAAACAGUAAGCUUUGAAAGCAACCAGAGCCCAGCUCCAGGAGCAAAAUUUGUGUCUCACAAGGAGCAAGUUGCACUAGACAGUAGAACCAAUGAAAUAGCAGUAGAUCAAGCAUUGAAGAUACAAGGAUACCUUCAGUCAGAUAGGGAAAUUGUUGAAAAGCUCAAUUGUCAUACUCAAAAGAAAAUUUUCAGUCACGACAAUGAAGCAAGACAAGUGCCAAAGUACCGCCAGGAUGUCUGCUCGAACAAGAACUUUUUGCAAAAGCGAUGUGAUACUGGCAUGGAGUGUACCCGAGCUCCUGGCACAAUGAAUCAGAUGCCGAAACAUCAAUCAUUUAACAAUCGAAAUACUACAGAGUGUGCUAGAUCUAGCCUAAGCAAGAACUUGCCCAUAAAGCAGAGCUUUGGCACUAGGAAAGAGCAUGAGAUAUUUGACUUGCCAACAAAGCAAAGACCAAUCUGUCAGCCAUUGAAGCUGGAAAAUAGACGAAGUGGCUGGGAUUGCUCAAAGAAGAUACCAGCUGAAAAACAAAAUUAUAAUAACCACAAGGUGCCCCUGUCUUUUGUAGGAGGCGCAGGGGACAUCAGUAGCCAAGAGAAGCCUCCAGUAUCUAAAACUUUUCAACCAUACUUCCCUGUCGCAAAUGGUCGACCAUUGGAGACUAUUGAGUUUGGAUCCUUGGGACCUUUUGCAUUGAAGUCAAACAGAGCUACUAACACACAAACUGCCAGUAAGGCGUUUACAUUUGCCUCUCCAUUGGUGUUACAGAGGUCUAGGGCUGCCACAACCCAAAACAGGCCACCAGGAUUUUGCAAAGUGGGAGAUGAAGAUGAAUUCCCACCUCUUAGUGCUGGGAUCCGAAUUUUCUUGGGAGCAUUGAUAUGAGGAUUGGAGUGGCAUAGUAUACCAUACCUUGUAAAAUUUCGUUGAUACCUUCUCUCUCCUCACCCCUUUUUCUUAUUUUCCUGUCCAUAGUUUAGUUACACCGAAGGCUUAUACAGUUGCGUUCAGUAUAAUUUAGCAAGGACAAAAAAUCAGGUAAAAAUACUUAGGGUCAGCGUAUGACUUGUCAUGUUGCCUUGUUGCAUUUUGUUUUCCAUGCUUCAGUGUACAUUUCUACAUUCCCCUCUCCAAUGGAUUGUACUUCUUUGUACCUGUCGUAAAGAUGACGAUAAAUUGUAAGAGCACGUCAUCAGCUGUCCCGAAA